UCUCAGAACGAGGAGCAUGGGGCAGAAAGGCGAAAUAUUCAGGUGUAUGCACACUCCACGUCCGUUCCUUCAGCUCUGCGUCUCCUACACGCAAAACCUUCUCUCAACCGGAAGACCGCCUCUACUUGUCUCUUGAAGGCUCCCGCCACUGUCGCACCGUUUGUUGCCUCUUCUGCCCGCUGAACCGGUCGUUUCUAUUUUUUCUUUCCGGUCUUCACUCUCACCUUCUCCCUUGUGUCUUGUUCGAUUUCUCCCCCAGAAGUGUCUGCUGUGAUUCGCUUUCGGUCUUCAGAAAUCCAUUUUUUCCGCACUGUUGGAAAUAUCUGAGGAGGGCAGGGUGGAAAGAGUGAGUAGAUGUAAAAUGACACGAGACAUUGAAGCGAUAGUAAACUACUGGUUAACUGUCUGCAGAUCCAGUUCGAAAGUGCUCGACUGAGCGUUCUUCUGCUGCUCUUCCUCUCGCCCUUCUCAUCUUUUCUCUGACUGUCUAUGGCAUCUCCCUGCCACCGUUAGAGCUUUCCUCGACACUAACGCUCUUCUCUUCCCUCCUUUCUGUCUGUCUGUUCUCCAUACGUCAUUCGCUCGCUCCGAGUGCUUCUGUCGCUCUGUUCUCUCCGACGCCUUCUGCGUCGCCCGCACGAUUCGUUUCUCGGGCCUUUCUGCCGCUGUUUCUCCCUCUCGUCGCCCCCAUGGCAGGGAUGUGCACAGACCUCGUUUCGCUUGUGAGUCAACACAUUCGAGCGAUCCUGGAGCGCGUACCGGGAGCCAAAGUUCUUCUUUUGGAUCAGGAGACGACAGGCAUGGUCUCGACGGCUGUCUCCCAGUCAGACAUUCUUCAGAAAGAGGUUUUCCUGGUCGACCGGAUCGACGCGCUUCCCCGUGGCCGCUUCGAGCACUUGAGUUGCGUCGGCUUUCUCCGACCGACGAACGAAAACCUUCUGCUGCUCCUGCAGCUGCUGCGUCAACAGAGUCGAAGGCACAGUGCGAGGGAUGCUCAGAGGAACGGACUGCCUUUGACAGAAGAUCCGCUACGGACACCGCCCGAGCCUGUGGCGCGCUUCAAAGACAUUUACCUCUUCUUCACCUCCUCCGUACAUCAACAGCCGCAGCUCCUCCGACGCUUGGCAAAGCAAGACGAAGCCGACAAAGUCGUUCAGGUGGAGGAGUUCUACGUCGACCUCUUUGCCCUGGAUCCCCAUGUCUUCACCCUCAACAUUCCGGCUGUAACGUCGCUGCAGGUCCAGGACUUGUCUCUGUGGACGCCGUACGAAGAGUCGCUCUUCCAGAGGAUGGUUGACGGUGUUUUCUCGUGCAUUGCGCUUCUGAGAAUCUUCCCUCUUGUGCGUUUCCAAGCAAACAGCGUGGUGAGCAAACGGCUGGCGGCAGCGAUGCAAGUGCGUCUUUCGGAGAAUGCUGAUCUCCUCGACAAACGGCCUCAGACCUCGUUGCCCGGACGUUCUGCAGAUGCGUCGGGAGGAAGCUCGAGUGGCGGAAGCAGGCUUGUUCUUCUGAUUGUCGAUCGCCGUGAAGAUCCUGUUACCCCGUUGUUGAAUCAGUGGACCUACAGAGCGAUGCUCCACGAACUGAUUGGGAUUCGCAACAACCGUGUGGAUAUGCGGCGGAUCCCCGGCACAACGGAAGAUCUUCUUGACAUUGUCAUGAGUCCAAUGCAAGAUAAAUUCUACCGGGAAAAUCUCGAUUCCAAUUUCGGAGAUCUCGGACUCAACGUGCAGAAAUAUGUGCGCGAGUACCAAUCCAAGGCAAAGUCGACUGGACAACUCGAGUCCGUGGACGACAUGCAGCGCUUCGUUGACGCGUAUCCAGAAGUCCGAAAACUCGCAGGAAAUGUGUCCAAGCAUGUCGCCGUUAUCCACGCACUGUCAAAGAUCGUGAACGACAGAGCGCUUUUGGACGUGUCUUCUCUCGAGCAAGAAGUUGCAUGUCGAGAGUCGAGAAGCGAUCACUUUGCUCAGGUGGCUGACAUGCUUCGCAACGAGAGAGUCAGCAGCAUGGACAAACUUCGUCUAGUACUCCUCAUCGCGCUCAGAUACGAAGGAGAUCCUCGAAUUCAGGACCUCACAGCGGGCCUGAGACAGGCAGGAAUCGACGAAGAAGAAAUUCGGCUUGUUCGGGCGAUGACUCAGUACGCGGGGAGACACGCGCGAAGUGCGGAUCUCUUCUCAAAUAGAAACUUCCUCGCUGUGGCCAAAAACACCAUUCAGCGGGGCCUCAAAGGAACGUCGAACGUUUAUACUCAGCACAAAUCUCUUCUGUGGUUCACGGUCGAGAGCCUCAUCAAAGGCCGGCUGUCCACCGAACAGUUUCCGGUGUCGUCGCCUCUCGAAUACGGAGCAGCUGCGUCUGCUCCCCACCUCCUUCAGCCGUCUAGGGAGAAGCCUCAGACGGUGGUUGUGUUCAUGGUGGGAGGAGCAACGUUCGAGGAGGCGAGAGACAUGGCAGAACUGUCAAAGCAGACAGGCUGCACGAUUCUUCUGGGCGGCUCCACCAUUCACAAUUCACGGUCGUUUCUCGCGGACUUGUCGCAGCUCGUCAAAGAACAGGCAGUCCAAGUUCUCCCCUCUCCUCUGCCGGUUUCUUGGCGCGCGUCGGAGGCCGACCUGCAUGCGCGACCAUGAGGACGUCGGAGGAGUCGAGAAAACGCGCGAGAUCUGCGCCGCAAAGGGAAAACGACUGUCGAUCACGGGAUGCAGCACAACCAUCCGAACACCGGUUAACUCAGCGAGAGAAAGGAAGAAAAUACACGAGGAAUGAAGGAAACAGAAAACGAGAACUGUCGCGUGUGUAUGGAUGUAGGAAGCACUGCACAUGCAGAAAGAAGGAAGGGCCGACCGAGAUCGCGUUUUUCUCUCUUUUAGGUCUUCUGUCACCUUCAUCAGGGGUGUACAUACGCAGGAAACCAGCAAAUGAGGAAUCACGUGCAUGCUGUUGCAAUUCUGGGGGAGUGAAGGGGAGAAAGGGGAGAAAGGGAAGAGGAUAAAGGCGUCAC